AGGAGGAGGGGACAGGCAGGGAAAGGGGUGUGAGAGGUAAUUUUAACUGAGAGCAAGUGCUCCAGAGAGAGGGAGAGAGGCAAGAGCAUGUGUGUGGGAGGGACAGAGAGUGAGAGAGUGUGAGAGCAAGUCAGCGGACGGGGGCUGUAAAUCCGUUAACAGGGGCGCUCUGUGCAUUUGUUAGACAUCUUGGCUGUCAGCCCAACUUGGCUCAUUGUAAUCAAGGCAUGAUCGUGGACUCCAAGCAGCCCUCUCCGCCACCUCGGCUGUUGCCUCGCGCUUGGACCCAGCCCAGGUUUCAACGCUGACAUGGAGAGACCUACCCCCAGUGACGUCAUGUUGAAGAAAGAGAAGGAUGUGGAGCUGGAUAAGAAGAUUGAGGCGCUCCGCAGGAAGAAUGAAGCACUCAUGAAGAGGUACCAGGAGGUAGAGGAAGACAAGAAGAGAGCGGAGAAGGAAGGAAUGAUACUGCAAAGCCCUAAGGGUAAAGCAGGGGACUUAACCAUCACCAUCAACAAGUCUACCAGCGAUCCUCGUGUUGUGAUGACCAAACCAGGGACGGGUGGUUCUCCCACCACAAAGUGGGUCCAGGAGCUUGGGGAGAGGGAGGCGGAGGGGAACCUGCUGGGCUCUGGGCGGGGCAGGAGGAAGCAGCUACUGGUCACCAUGGCUGGCAACACAAAGGGUAAGAGGGUGGUGAGUGAGAGGCUGGAGAGAAGACCAGGUCCAGGUCCCCUCAGUCCACUGGAUGUGAAGAGCCCUAUAGAGGACAACCAGCACCGUGUGGAAUCAACAGCAAGAGGAAAACACCAGCACACUCACACAGCAAAGAGGGACAGAGGACCACAGGAUGAAGUGGGGCAGGGGAAGUGUUUGACAGAGGAGCGUCACUGGCUGUCAGAGUGUGAGCCUUACCACCAGGAGUCUGAGAGGCUAGACCCAGCGGGCGACACAGACCUCACCAUCCCCACGUCUAAAGUGGAGCAGCAGGAGUACUUGUGCUGGAAGAUGGAGCGUGAGCAGAUCGACCGUGAACGCUUGGCGCGCCACAAAAAUGCCAAGGGCCAGUGGAGGCGGGCAUGGGACAUGGACAAAACAGAGAAUAUGUUUUCAGAUAAAUCUCCUAGGGAGAGAGAAAGGGGGCCUACAGCCAGAGGAGGAAGAAAUGCAAAGAGAGGUCACCCCAAAUCAAAUGCUGAUCCACUGGGUCAGCAGCUGUGGGGCAAAGACAAGCGGGGUAAAAAUGUUCCAGUGGUCAGCAGUAAAGCCAAGGGCAAGGACCGGCUGACUGGGAGGGCCAGAAGAUGGGAUGCCAGCGAGGAUGGGGAGGAUUUGCAGGCCUCUAAGACUAGUUUGGAGGAAUUCUUAGAAGAGCUUGAUGCUUUGGCUGACCCUGACAUGGAUGACUCCACUGCAGAAACUCCAGAGGUCAAAGAGGGUGACCUCAAAAUGGAGUCUUCGCUAACCCUGGAUGUGGUGAAGACCGAGAAAGUGAGUGGAAGCGUCAGUCCUGGCCUGGACAAGGCCGAGACGGCUCAGGCCCCAGUCGACCCCCUGGAGGACGGGACAUCCAAACAGGGGAAGGCUGAGGCCUCGUCCCCUCAAGCUACAGAGAAGAAGGUCCGCUUCUCAGAGGAGCUCAUCAAGGGGCCCGGGGCCUACGAGAAGCCCAUUACUGGAGCCCAGAACUCUGCCCGCUCAGAAACCAAGGGCACCAGCGUGUUAAAAGUUGCCUCCCCCAUCAAAAACGGACAGAAGUUCGAGGAGCAGAAGCAGUCCCCCAAGGGCGACCAGGAGGAUGCUGGUAAUGACCUGGACUGGGGGGAUCGGCAGGCUGCAGCUGUCCAGGCACAGAGCUCAUCUGAUGGGCAUAGACAGGGUCAGGAGGGCCCUCCGUUUCUUGAUGCCUCCAAAACAGAAUGUGCUGAAAGCGGCCAUGACGGUGUGGUCAGCCCUGUUCUUCUCAUUUCACACAGCGAUGCCCCGCCACAGGAUAAUUCUGUCCAGCCUUUAGAGCAUGCCAAGAGCAAUACAGAGGAGCUGAUUGACUCCAGUCUGUCUGUUCUCAGCCUGGAGUCAGGAGAGACUCACCCAACCCACACCACCAGUACCGAUAAGGCAAGAGAAAAUGGGAAGAUUGUUUGAAGGACUUUUGACGUUGCUAUGACAUUUUCUAGAACUGAACAACAACAUGCUUAAUUAAUUCAAGCGUUUACCAUGAGCCUUUUAGUACCGCACUUGCUUCCAAUAACUCUUUGUAGAUGUCCUGUGUCUAGUUGGUCAGGUUAAGACUAACAUGCGCAAUGUGGUUUCUUUUGAAAGGAUGCUAGCUGCUCAAGGUGGGAAAAGGAAACAAUACAUGUUCAAGUGAAGUCAUUUUGAGCCUUUUGUCUGCUUGAAAAUACUUUGCUUACAAGCACUUUAUUCUUUAUGAGGUAUGAGUACUGACAUGUCAUACAGUACUUAAAGUUGGAAUCCUUAAUGAUGAAACAGCUACGUCCGUUUGCGAUAUUACAACAACAAAGAAGUUACUGCAAACAACGAACACAGUUUUUUCUCCUCUGACAUCAUUACACGCGUGAUAGAAGAGCACAAUAUGUAUUGCAUUUUUUUUUUUACCAGACUGCACGGUGCUCCUCAGCUCAGCAAUAGUAACAAUGGUGGUGGUGGGGCGGCCAGCGGCGCUGUUUCCCCUUACUGCGGAUUCCAUCUUUAAGUGUGUUAUUUGAAUGGCUGUUUUUGUUUACAUUUGAAGUAUUAUUUCAAGGUACCAGUCCCAAUGCUUGUAUUAGUUCAGUUCCUAUGGAUGACUAACCUGAACAGGCCCUGCCAUUAACCUUUGCCAGCCUUAGCAGUUGAAUGACAAAAUAUAAUUAGCAUUAUAUGCUAAUAGUUGUACACUGACUUUAUUUACAGUACUAGUUUUUUUUUUACUAUUUUCUACAUUGUACAAUAAAAUAAAGACAUCAAAACUAUGAAAUAACACAUGGAGUCAUGUCGUAACCAAAAACAUGUUAAAUAAAUCUAAAUAUAUUUUAUAUUUGAGAUUAUUCAAAGUAGCCACACCUUGCCUUGAUGACAGCUUUGCACACUCUUGGCAUUCUCUCAACCAGCUUCAUCAGGUAGUCACCUGGAAUGCAUUUCAAUUAACAGGUGUGCCUUGUUAAGUUAAUUUGUGGAAUUUCUUUCCUUCUUAAUGCGUUUGAGCCAUUCAGUUAGGUUGUUACAAGGUAGGGGUGGUAUACAGACGGUAGCCCUAUUUGGUAAAAUACCAAGUCCAUAUUAUGUCAAGAACAGCUCAAAUAAGCAAAGAGAAAUAACAGUCCAUCAUUACUUUAAGACGUGAAGGUCAGUCAAUCUGAAAAAUAUCAAGAACUUUGAACGUUUCUUAAAGUGCAGUCGCGAAAACCAUCAAGCGGUAUGAUGAAACUGGCUCUCAUGGAAAUUAAGACCCAGAGUUACCUCUGCUGCAGGGGAUAAGUUCAUUAGAGUUACCAUCCUCAGAAAUCUGCUAUUAACUGCACCUCCGAUUGCAGCCCAAAUAAAUGUAACAGACACAUCUCAACAUCAACUGUUCAGAAGAGACUGCGUGACUCAGGCCUUCAUGGUCAAAUUACUGCAAAGAAACCACUACUAAAGGACACCAAUAAGAAGGGAUUUCCGUGGGCCAGGAACUUGAGCAAUGGACAUUAGACCGGUGGAAAUCUGUCAUUUGGUCUGAUGUGUCCUAAUUUGAGAUUUGUGUUCCAACCAGUGUGGGUCACAAAGUAGGUGAAUGGAUGAUCUCUGCAUGUGUGGUUCCCACUGUGAAGCAUGGAGGUGGUGUGGGUGUACUUUGCUGGUGACACUGUCUGUGAUUUUAUUUAGAAUUCAAGGCACACAACCAGCAUGGCUUCCACAGCAUUCUGCAGUAAUAUGCCAUCCCAUCUGGUUUGCGCUUAGUGGGACAAUCAUUUGUUUUUCAACAGCAAAAUGGCCAAAACACAUCUCCAGGCUGUGCAAUUGCUAUUUGACCAAGAAGGAGACUGAUGUAGUGCUGCAUCAGACUCACCCGACCUCAACCCAGUUGAGAUGGUUUGGGAUGAGUUGGACCGCAGAGUGAAGGAAAAGCAGCCAACAAGUGCUCAGCAUAUGUGGGAACUCCUUCAAGACUGUUGGAAAAUCAUUCCUUAUGAAGCUGGUUGAGAGAAUGCCAAGAGUGUGCAAUGUUGUCAUCAAGGAAAAGGGUGGCUACUUUCAAGAAUCUAAAAUCUAAAAUAGAUUUUGAUUGGUUAAACACUUUUGGUUACUACAUGAUUCCAUAUGUGUUAUUUCAUAGUUUUGAUGUAAUCACUAUUAUUCUGCAAUGUAGAAAAUAGUCAAAAUACAGAAAAACCUUGAAUGAGUAGGUGUUCUAAAUCCUUUGACUGGUACUGUAUGUAACUUUUCUAAUUAGGAAGCUCUGACCAUUGCACUUAACGACUGAGAUCUGAUCGCUCAUUCAUAUGGUAGUUUACAGCUUGGUUUGGUGAAACUAGUUACAUGAAGUAAAAGUACAUUCAAGUGCAUUAUUUUAGUGUGGGAAUGAUUACUUUGUAAUAUAAAAUUCAAUAGUUAUGGUUUUCAUAUGCUAAAAAGAUCAAAUAUAGUUACAAUUGUUUCAUAUUUAUUCAAAUGUUUUCGGGGAACCCUUUGACUUUUCAUUUUGAAAUGUUGUGGUAUUAACUAACUCAUUAUUGAUUUUAUUUAUUUAUUCUCUCCUUUGGACUACUGAUUGUCAAAUAUAAUUUGCUGGAGAAUAAACCCUUGUUGACAUGCAUUAGCAGCUGGAUUGUUUUAUUUUAAGGAGGGAAAGGCAAUUUAUUUGUACCCCUUUGUUUC